UCAAAAUAGAAGGUGAGUGUAUCUGAAGAUGGAGAUGGUGAUGUCCCUUCAGCCGCAACCUCCAUUGCCUUCCCUUCAAAACCCAAUUCUCAAUUCAACCCAAUUCUCAAAAACAUUUAAAAGCCCUCAUUCUCUUUCUCUAUUCUCGUCUAAACCACUGAAAAGUCCUAAUUUUGCCUCAACCCAUAUCUUCAAACCUCUCAAAAACCUCAGUUUCACCAUUCUCAAUCUCCACCCAACUUCAAUACCCUCACCCAAUUUAAGACAUACCCAUGUCAUUUCUCUUUUCAAAUACCGUACUUUUUCCGGGUUUAAGGUCAAAACUCCCAGAAUAUUAAAUCCCAGAAGUCUGUUUCAGAGACCGAGGCUUCACUGUUCUGGGCUUAAAGACUCUGAUGAAGAGACAAAGGUGGUUGUGAACUCUGGUGGUGACGAAGGAGGUGGUGGAGAUGAAGAUAAAGAUGAUGGGAAGGUGGAGAAGAGAGGUGGGCUAUUGCCGGAAUGGUUGAAUUUCAAUUCAAAUGAUGCGAAAACGGUGUUCGUGGCAGUGGCCAUAUCGCUUGCGUUUAGAUCAUUUGUGGCAGAGCCGAGGUACAUACCUUCAUUGUCUAUGUAUCCUACAUUUGAUGUAGGGGAUCGACUUGUUGCGGAGAAGAUUACAUACUACUUCAGGAAGCCAUGUCCUAAUGAUAUAGUAGUUUUUAAGAGUCCACCGGUUCUUCAGGAAGUAGGAUAUACGGAUGAUGAUGUCUUCAUCAAACGUGUAGUUGCCAAGGAAGGUGAUAUUGUGGAGGUUCAUAAUGGAAAACUUAUUGUUAAUGGUGUUGUACGAGAUGAAAACUUUAUUCUUGAAGCACCUUCUUAUGAAAUGACUCCAAUUCAUGUACCAGAGAACUCAGUCUUUGUUAUGGGUGAUAAUCGUAAUAAUAGCUAUGACUCCCAUGUAUGGGGUCCUCUUCCUGCCAAAAAUAUCAUUGGACGAUCUGUAUUCCGAUAUUGGCCACCAAACCGGGUAGGUGGCACUGUACUUGACAGUGGCUGUGCUGUUGACAAGCAAGAAAGCAGCCAAACAUCUGAAUAGAUAGAGCCAUUUGGUUGUAUUUAACCAAUCAAGGGUAUGGCAUUUGGUUAUUCAUUUUUAUGUCAUUUUCCCUUGUAGAAUAGCCCGCAUUACUUUCCCUUCUUGUAGAAGGUUCAUUCUUGUAAAAGCAACUAAGCAAGCCCUUUUGAAGGCCUAUCCUGGUGGUCUUACUUCAAAGAAGAUCUGACAUUGACCAUUGUAAUGACUAAAAAUUAAUACAAUUCCAAGUUUUGU